UCUCAAGUUGAGACUGGGUUUAGGCAAGUGAAAGCUGAUUAUGAGGUCAUUUGGGUAAACACGCUAGUGAUGCGAACCGGUGGGGGAGGGCUAAUAGUACGGCACUUUUACUACGAAAGUGGAUUUAAUAUAACGUUAUGCUAACAGAAAUUCGAUUGGAACGGAUCAAAGUUAUGCCACGUGGAUCAAUAUUAAACUGCCACCAAUAUUUUUUUCUUUUUAUUUUAAUUUUAUGGAAAGAACAAGAAAAAAUAUUUGAAAGUGUAAGAACUUUUCUCUUAUUGAAAGAACCGUUUUAUAGUUACAAUUCAGAAAUGAGAAAUGUAAUAAUAAAAUAAUCCUUGUUAAUAAAGUUGAAGUGUGCACAGCUGUUACUGCUCUGUUUGUUCAUCAUUUUUUUCCCAUUGCCAAGAAAAUUCCAACUUGAAGAGAGAAAGAAGAGGCUUGUUUUCAGGGCAUACUAACUACACUAAAUCUUCCACUGACUAGUGAUGGAUGAGUAUUUUGAUCACUUGCUUUAUUCAUCAUCAUGGUUAGACAAAGAUUUGGAGGAAAGAUCAUCCGAGAUAUGUAGCGAAUCUGAUCCACCAAAAGGCUUGCUUUUCAGCUCAGUUGAGGUCAAUGAAGAUGACAACAACAAUUCACAUACAACUUUAAUUGGUUCAAAUGGCAGUACUGAGAGUUUGGCUACUCAAGAUGCCUCUUCAUAUGUUCUUGAUUCAGAGUCAGAUUAUGGUCUUAACAUGACUUUACUUACUGAUGAAGCUCAAUUACAAGAUAGUCAUGAAAACUUCAUAGAACAUUUAUCAAAUGGAGUGGUAAAUGGAAUCUCAGAACUCAAAACAGUUGGUUUUCAAUACAAUAUGGCUAUUCCAAUGCCUGAUUCACUUAGUCUCGAUUCUUCGAAGCAGAAUCCGGUGAGUCAGAAUGUUUCAAGCUCUUCUACUCUUCCUUACUUUGAGGUUGGAGAUAUGCAAUCCAAUACUCUUGAACCAUCUGUUUUACAGUGUUUUGAUAAAGAGUUUAAAACCAUUUCUCCAAUUCCACAUUUGUGUUCUCAUCCAUCUUUUGAGGGUGUCUCUUCAUUGUCUCCUGAUAUGGGGCAAGAUGGAAUUGGAGGCCUUGGUAUGCAAGGGGAAGAAUAUGCUAUUGAUAAUGAUUUGUUUGCUAUGGAAAGCCAUUCAAGUAACUUGUCAGCAUCAAAGGGUGCACAUGACUUGCCAAAUUAUCCCUUAUCUUCUUUUGCUUCUGCUCCUCAGAUGAUAAUGACAACAACUGGAUUGCAAUCUCUAUCACAGGCCCCAUCAACUACUCCUGCUGCUGUAGAAUGUAGUCCAACUGCAAAACCUCGUCCCAGGGCACGACGAGGCCAGGCUACCGAUCCUCACAGCAUUGCAGAAAGGCUGAGGAGGGAAAAAAUUGCUGAAAGGAUGAAAGGGUUGCAAGAACUUUUGCCAAAUCCUAAUAAGACUGAUAAGGCAUCCAUGCUUGAUGAGAUCAUAGACUAUGUCAAAUUUCUUCAGCUCCAAGUGAAGGUUCUUAGCAUGAGCAGACUUGGAGGAGCUGGGGCUGUUGUUCCUCUCAUCACAGAUGGUCAGGCUGAGGGAGGAAAUGGUUUUUUACUAAACCAAUCAUCAUCAGCUGGUGAAUUAGGUGAGGUUGUUUUCCCAUCUGAUGAAAUCGUGUUGUUCGAACGAGAGCUAGUGAAGCUGAUGGAGUCCAGUGUGACCAAAGCCAUGCAAUUUCUUCAAACCAAAGGCCUCUGUCUCAUGCCUGUUGCUCUUGCUUCUGCCAUCUCCACCAAAAAGAGAAAUGAUCAAUCACCACCCUCUUCUGUGUCUCAGGAUUACACCAAGAAAAAUGACUUCACUAAUGCCAAUGCCCCCAUGAAAAGUCCAACUACAGAACCAGAAGAUGGGACUAAAGUUUCUUGCAAAGCCAGACAUACUUAAAAUAUAAGCUUUUUUUGCACAUCUUUCUAGCUUCUAUACAUAUAUUUUUAUGUAUGUAUGUAUGUAUGUUGUUCUUGUUGUAGGAUUUGUGAACUUAGAAGAGUGGAGAUUUAGUUGGUUUUCUUCUUUCUCCUUUUUGGUAGUUUCAUUUUCUUUACAUUGGAAGUUUAGUAGCGUUAUUUAUGUAAAGAUUUAUUAUGAUGCAUUUGAUUAUCUAUA